AUGUUUCGAAAUAGGACAAACUCGCAGAAACCCAACGAUGAGCUGCUUGAGACCUUCAGGGCUUCAUAUCCUCAUCUCGCGCACACCACAAGGUCUCAGUCGCUCAGUAGUCCUUCUGGAGUGACUGCACCUUCCUUAACUGAUGCGCUCGAUGUAGCCCACCACAACACUCGGCAAUUUGGCGACCACGAGGACAUCAAAGACCAAGACCCGACGCCUCGUGGUAACAACGAACCAUGGAGAUUCACACCAUCUCUCCUCGACCCAAACAGCUUUGCAUUCGCCUCUUUCGCUAAUCAACCGCCUGGAUACUAUACUCCUACUCCUGGUGGCACCAACACCCUCUAUCACAACCAGGCCGGCGACCUGCACACGCCCGGCUUCAGCUUUGGACUAGGAACCCCACUGUCCCUGCCCACCUCAGAAGGUGCCCUCCAUGUUGGCCAAAAUGUCCCUCCCAGCCAUCUCCAAGGCUUCAACCCUAAUGCCUUGGGGACUCAUCAUCAUUUCCAGAAUCAGAAUCCAUUCGCCUUGCAGCCUACGCAUACUUCAUCCUUUGCGCCGCACCAAUUUUCACACCGUCCCUCUGCUUUUGAGCAUGCGCCGCUCGCAUCCACCCAGGAGCCCUCUCCCAUUGACAACGUCAUGCCUGAUGUGGAAAUGCAGGAGCAGUCGCCCAUAGUCGGCUUUGCGGCACAGCCCAUCGUGGAGACUAUUCAGACCCAACUUGCCCCUCCUCAACCGCCCACCCAGAAUUUUCGCUAUCAUGUCACUCUGAAUGCCCCCACAGCAAUGAUCAAGCACGCAGAAGAGAUUCCAGUCACAUAUCUCAACAAAGGUCAAGCCUACUCCAUCUCUCUCAUCGACACUGCACCUACUCAUGCGUCAUCUGUCCCCGUAAAGUACAGGACGUUUGUCCGCAUCUCUUUCGAGGACGAGCAACAGCGCCAGCGCCCAGCAGCUUGCUGGCAGCUGUGGAAGGAAGGUCGCGGUACGAACGAAGCGCAUCAACGAGGCGGGCGCCUACAAGCUGUGGAAUUCGUCGAUCCUAGCCAGGUUGGUGGCGGCGACAUGCAAGGGCGACCAAAAGUCGAACUUGAAUGCGCUUCUUUUGAUGGCUUCGCAGUAACUUGGACCCCCGUGCACAAUACCGCGCCCGAGUGCUCUAUCGCUGUGCGCUUUAAUUUCCUCUCUACCGACUUCAGUCACUCCAAGGGUGUGAAGGGCAUACCCGUCCGAUUGUGCGCGAAGACCGAACUGGUUACUACAGGACCUGGGUCGCCUCCGGAUGGUGCGCAGGCUGAACUCUGCUACUGUAAAGUGAAGCUAUUCCGCGACCAUGGCGCCGAGCGCAAGCUUUCCAAUGACGUCGCCCACGUGAAGAAAACGAUCGACAAACUGAAACAACAGAUCGCACAGGUGGAAUCAGGCAUGAAAGAUUUCGGCAAGCGGAAACGAAGCGGUUCCAUCUCCAAGGCGACUGCGAGCACGAGGCCCGGCAAGGUUCCAAAGCAUAAGAGGACGUGGUCCAUGUCUUCAGCCAGCUCGGCGUCCGGAACGAGAGCUCCCGCCGAAGAAGACCUUCAUCACAAGCUGGCCACACUGCAGGACAUGUUCAGCUCGACCCGGCCGACCAGUGUGCUCUACCUCAAGGGUGAGGAGGCAGACGACCCGGACCUUCACCCUGUGCAACUUUCUGGAACCCCGCAAGAUCUCGCUAAGAUCGAUACCAAUGUAGACUCAACCAUGUGGGAAGGGCAAAGCUCGAACACUGGUGCAACCUCGUCCAUUGUAUCUCCGACUCCUAGCUCACUGUCGCUUCACUCCGGUGGGCGAAGGACAUCGUUCCAGCAGCCAACUCCCUUUCAGCCGCCGUCUCGAAUGCCCUCCAAUGAUUGGCGGAACCUUCCCCAAACAGCAACAGGAGAUCUCAAACCCCACGGAGGAGUCACAGCUGGUUCUGAUGUUCCUACGAAAGUCCAAAGGCCAUACAGUGACGAUCAUGCCCUUUCUGGGUGGAUUGAGGCCUUGGGUGUCGAUCAGACCUACCAACCGCCACCCGAGCCAAUGUUGAAGCCAGUUGCGUGCUUCUUUGUACAACCUAGAAUUGCAGGAAAGCAACCCGACGACAAUUACUUCCGCGCCGUCUACCUGAUGGAGCGAAGCGUGAAAGCACUCGUUGGAUGCAUUGCCAUGAAGAUCAAUAUCGAACCCACUAAAGUCACACGGACCAUUCGAAUCAAUCAGAAAGGUCUUCAAAUCCUAAUCGACGACGAUGCCGUCCAGGAGAUACCAGAGCAGCAAGACAUGACCGCCGAGUUCCACGAAAUUGUUCCCGUCCAACCAACUAUGAAGCGCGAGUGGGAUGCAGGUCCAACGGAUAUUCAAGUAGAUGGAGACAUCGGCGUUGUUGAGAAUGUGAACUCGACCGGUUACGAGCUUCGACUUCUCUUCUAA